GGACAAUAGUUGGUUUGUAUUUGACAGUUAAAAUUAUUUAUUUUUUGUAUACGGAUGUAGAUUGUGGAAUGAUUGAUAGUAUAUGUAUCAUUUUAUUUAUAUAUGUAUUACAGGUUACAUGGAAUAUAGACAGGUUAUGGAUAAAUUAUAAUAUUUGCAAUAAAACGUAAUGUCAUGUUUUUAUGACUAAAAGUUGUAGCAAAAAAAAAAAUUCAAACAUUUGGCGACUAAAAGUUUUGUAGUCAAAAGAAAAUUAAAUAUUUGCCGACUAAGACAUUUCGUAGCUAAAAAUAAAAGUUGAAGAAUAAAAAGGAAUGGGAAGUGCUAAAAGUUUCUACUAAUAAGUAUAAUCACCAUGGUAAUCUGGGUGAAGCUGGGGAAAUUGAUAUCGUAGCACAAAAAAAUUACAUGGAUGCUCAGUACUUUGGUGAGAUUGGUAUUGGUACUCCCCCACAAAAAUUUACUGUAACCUUUGACAUUGGCAGCUCUAAUUUGUGGCCUUCAUCAAAGUGCUAUUUGUUGGUUCCGUGUUUUUUCCAUUCGAAGUACAAGUCAAACCAAUCAAGUACCUACAACAAGAAUGGGAAAUCUACUGAAAUUCACUAUGGUAGUGGGGCUAUAUCUGGAUUUUUCAAUGAAGACCACGUCCAACUUGGUGACCUAGUUGUGAAGAAUCAGGAAUUUAUUGAGGCAACCAGAGAACCCAAUAUCAUGUUUUUGGUUGCCAAGUUUAAAGGUAUUCUUGGUCUUGGAUUCCGGGAGAUCUCAGUUGGAGAUUCUGUCCCAAUGUGGUACAACAUGGUGAAACAAAGUCUUGUUAGUGAGCCAGCAUUUUCAUUUUGGCUUAACCAAAAUACAAAAGAAGUAGGGGGCGAACUUGUGUUCGGUGGGGUUGAUCUAAAUCACUACAAGGGUAAGCACACAUAUGUCCUCGUGACGCGAAAAGGUUAUUGGCAGUUCGAUAUGGGUGACAUUCUCAUUGGUAGUAAACCAACUGGGUACAGUGGUACUGGUUGUUCUGCAAUUGCAGAUUCUGGGACUUCUUUGUUAGCUGGUCCAACAAGGGCGGAAAAGGCGUCGUUUGGCUCCAAAAAAAUUUAAUUUCUGUUGCCGCAAAAUUUGAAAGCUUCUUAGCUUGAGGUACAGGUAUUAUGCUUUUCCGCCAAGGCAUUGACUUGGGAGGGCUCGAAGCUAAGGCUUCAUUUUUGUUUUAUUGUUAUUUGUUGAAUGUAAGCCCAGGGUUGUAUUUGCGUUGAGUUGAAACUCCAUUUUGUGUAACCAAUAAUGUUCUUAGAUAAAUUUGUAAGCUUGUAGGGCACUUAUUAUCUGUUCGGUUUCCAUUUCAUAUUUGUUGUAAAAUGUAUGCUUGGGAUUAGAACUGGGGCAUUGAGAUGUGAAUAGCAUGUGUUUGGCA